UUCAUGUGUCUCCAACAGAUUCGUCUUGUACCCAGUUCGAGAAUGAAGUGUCUGAUUCUGGUCUUUGCAGUUGCCACCGUCCUGGUUUCCCAGGCGACAGCCGGAAAUGUGAUUAUCGGCGGAACCUGCCGGGAUUGCAGUCCGCCGGUGGCCGAAACCGUGGUGGUCGGUGGCCAAUCCUACAAAGCGGGCAAACCGGGACAGGGAACCGUCUACAUCAAUUCCCCCGACGCCUAUCCAGGAGCUGUGGAUGGCCUAGUCCGCCGACCAGGAGCUGGCCCAUCUCUGCCAGGAGGAGGAGGUGGGGGCAGCCAGUAUCCCGAGGGCUUCAGUGGUCGCGUGUCAGGUGGCACUUACCUCCACAACAAGGACUGUGUCGGUUGCAGCAUCAGCGGGGGCGGGGACUGAAAAUGAAUAAAGUUGUUUAAUUUAGAAACAAUA